CCACCAUCUGGUGAAAGAAACCAAACGAUUUCAACAUGGCGUCCGCGGGGGUGAUAUGGGGCCCAGAUGCCCUGCGUCUCCUCCGAGCCGCCGUGUCCAAGACCACCGCGGUGGUCCGGGACAAACUCGCCAACGCGGCGAAGCCGUUCCAGAACCAAGCACUUCAACCAAUCCCUGUGUCGGCCAAAGGCGGUCGACAAUCCAUUCACCCAGCGGCCCUUGCCAAACAACAAGUGCGAGGUGCCAGAGGCUUCUCCACCAACGCCGUGAAGAAUGCAAACAAGGCCGUCCGACGAUACCUUAGCUCCGAGAGUAGUGCUCCUCGACUUGAUCGAUCCAAGCUCCCGAGCUCCAACACUUCUCGCCGAGUUUCUCAAUUCUCCGGCCGAGCACCUUUUGCGAGUGCUCUGCGACCCAAUUUGACGGGCGGAGCCAUGCCCCGAACCGCCGGUGGCUACAGCUUGGGCGGAGGUGCCCGAUACUUCUCCCAUACUCCAACAGCCCCUGCCCAGGUCGUGCAGAAUGUCUCUCAGGCAAUGCGGGCCUUUUUCCUUUCGGGACAACGAAUUCGAUAUGAUGGAACAGGACCACGCGGUGAGGCUCAAUACCGGGCCGUCUCCGUGCUCGAGGAUGAGGCCAUGCGUAAACUGGCUGCCAUCCCCAAGUUCGCUCCUGGUGCCUAUAUCGACUUCCAACUGAGCCCAACCAUCACGGCCAUGAGCCCUCUUGCUGCCGCCCUUGUCCAGGCUUCCGGCACCUCCGGUUUCCAGGCCGAGGCUGCUAUCCCAAGCCUCAACACCGAGGGGUUCCUCGAUGUCCUGUCAGCGGAUUUCGGCCGUGCUUUGAAAGACUUGACGGCCAUUUAUGCUGAUCUCGAGCGUCUUUCAGCCUUGGGCGAUUUGCCGAUAUCUUUAGAAUUAGGCAAUUUGCUUCGAGUUCGAUUUCCAGGCGUUGAUGUCGAAACCCUCGAGCGACUGUGCGAUGACAUUGGUAUACAGAGGGGCAUUGUCAGUCAAGAUAUUGGUUUCGAAAGUGCCGCUGGCGUUAGAACGGCACUCAAGUUUCCUUUCGCACCAGACGCUGAAAAGGCCUUGACGUCCCCUGGCGGGUCGGAGAGAUCUUUGGAAGGGCAUGAGCUAGAAGAUGACAUGUCCUCUCUUGGUGAUGAAUCUUUCGUUCAUGAAGCGUUUGCAUACGAAAACUCGGAGGACCCCUGGUGUUCAGAGACGGACGGAUAUGAGAGCAUGUCACCUCCGAACAAGUCGGAGCAGCAAUGCUCAGAGGAAUAUGAGGGCCUGGAAGGCAUCUAUCGAUUUCUCGAAGAAUGCGACAAGGCCAAGGGUAGACUGGGAUGAUGCUGAUGCACUCGCCUGCAUGUAGCAGGACGAAGCAACACCGCGUAUGACAUCAUGAACUUUGGACAUCCACACUCUUUUGCAUUCGUCUUCUUUGUAUUAUCAACAACCAUUUAGCAUAGCUCACUUACGACAAGAAUGAAGUUUUCUUUUGUGCACUCACCUAGUCGGUAUACAUCUUAAAUAAAACUAGGAAUGUUGAACAAG